AUGAGCAAUCUCACUAGCACCGUUCAACAAUUAAGCACUAGUUUAACCGCGAUUAAGCCUAAUAACUCGGAGACUACGCAAUUGAUUACUUAUACCCUCAUUGCUACGGCUGUGCAAAUUAACAUGGUCAACUGGAAAGAUUAUUUACCCGACUUAAAAGGCUCACUCAAAGGCUUUUAUGAAGAAAAUGUUAAAGAAACAGUCGAAGGCAAAUCUGCUUAUUAUGAGAACUUACUCAAAGAAAAUAUUGCUUUUAGUCAACGCACCCAAAAAAUAGCCAUUGCCUUAGGAGUGGGAAUAUUCUUGUUAUUAGCGAUUGCUUAUUUUUGA